AUGACCAACCUCACAGCAGUGACAGGAUUCUUCCUCAUGGAAAUCUCUGACACCAGGGAGCUCCUGGUUUUACAUGUCUUUCUGUUUUUGCUGAUUUACUUUGUGACUGUCAUGGGAAAUGUUCUCAUUAUCAUCCUUGUGACUGUGGACCAUUGUCUUCACACCCCCAUGUACUUCUUCCUGAAGAACUUAUCAUUCCUUGAUGCUUGUCUCAUUUCUGUCACAGUUCCGAAAUUUAUUCUGAACUCUUUAUCCAACAGUGCCAGUAUUGCUUUCCCAGGAUGUGUUCUACAGGUCUUGUUGGUGGUUCACUUUGCAGGAGCUGAGCUGUUCAUUCUAACAUCCAUGUCCUUUGACCGCUACAUGGCCAUCUGUCACCCACUGCAUUAUGACAUCAUCAUGAGUAGAGCAGUCUGUGUGAGAUUGGUAGUUUUUUCCUGGUUCACUGGGAGUAUCUUUGGGGUCUUAUACUCAGGUGGAACCUUCUCUUUAUCCUUCUGUGAUUCCAGAAUACUCCCUCGGUUUUUCUGUGAUGUACCAUCCCUUCUGAAGAUUUCUUGUUCAAAAACUCAUAUCACUAUUGAUAUUAGUGUGGCAGUUGGAGUAAUAUAUGGACUUCUCUGUUUAAUAUCCAUUGGAUUUUCAUAUAUUUCUAUUUUCAAUACAGUGCUUAGAAUGCCAUCAUUACAAGGACGGUCAAAAGCCUUUUCCACCUGUAUACCACAUCUCAUAGUUGUGACUACAUUUUUUGUGACAGGAGCCAUUGCCUAUCUAAGACCAGUCCCUGAUUCCCCACAUCUUGUGGACUUUUUGGUGUCUGUUUUCUAUUCUGUAUUGCCUCCAUCAUUAAACCCAAUAAUAUACAGCCUAAGAAACAAGGAAAUCAAGGCAGCUUUGAGGAAGAUUAUAUGGAAACUAAGCCAUUAUUGGUUUUAG